AUGCUCAACCACCACACCCUCCUCGCCGCCCUGGCAACAGCUGCCACCCUCCUCGCCCUCCCCAGGGGCACCACCGCAGCACCCACCACCACCACCACCCCACCCCCCAACCUCACCAACGCCUCCCCCCUCACCACCCACACCGUCGUGGCCGGCCGCGGCGGCCUGCGCUUCGACCCGGACAACAUCGUCGCCACCCCCGGCUCCGUCAUCGAAUUCCACUUCCUGCCCGCCAACCACAGCGUCGUCGAAGCCGCCUUCGACGCGCCCUGCCUCCCCAAGGACGCCGCCUCCUUCGACUCGGGCUUCUUCCCCGUCCCCGCGCGCGCCGAUGGCGGGGCGGUGCAGUCCGGGGGAGGUGUUUCAGUUUGUGGUGAGGGAUGA